AUGACCACGCUUAGCAUCACCACACAGCACACGAUUGCGCCCGUCGACCGCAAGAUCUUCUCGGGCUUUGUCGAGCACAUGGGACGAUGCGUCUACGGCGGGCUGGUGCCGGCGUCGUAUCCCGAGGCGUCCCAGACGGACGAAUGUGUCGACAUCUACCGUAAAGACGUGCUCGAGACGUUCCGCGACGAGCUCAAGCCGCCGCUGGUGCGGUACCCGGGCGGCAACUACUGCGCCAACUUCAACUGGCGCGACGGCGUGGGGCCUUUGGCGGAGCGCAAGAAGCGGCUGGACCUGGCGUGGCACAACACGGAGCCCAACACGUUUGGCACCAACGAGUUUGUCGCGUGGUGCCGGCUGACGGGCAGCGAGCCGUUCCUGUGCCUCAACAUGGGCACGGGCGACCUGCGCGAGGCGCUGGCGUGGAUCGAGUACUGCAACAGCGACGCGGACUCGUACUACGCCAACCUGCGGCGCAGCCACGGCAUCGAGAAGCCGCACGCCAUCAAGUACUGGUGCCUCGGCAACGAGGUGUACGGCGACUGGCAGGUCGCCCAGGUCGGCAAGGAGGCGUACGCGGCGCAGGCCGUGCAGUGGGCCAAGGCGAUCCGGUUCCUGGACCCGACGGUCAAGCUGGUGCUGUGCGGCCAGCACGGCUACAACGACUGGGACGAGUACGUGCUGCAGCAGUGCGUCGAGUGGGUCGACUACCACUCGAUCCACCUGUACACCGACCAGAAGACGCACGAGCAGGCCGUCUUUGGCCCGCGCAUUGCCGAGACCUGCAUCGCCUGGACGCAGGCCAUGAUUGACCGCGCCCGGCACGCCAAGCACGUGGCCAAGCCCGUCAAGAUCUGCUUCGACGAGUGGAACGUCUGGAACACGCAAGAGUACCCCGGCGACGAGGGCCACGAGAUGGUGUACAACGUGUCCGACAUGCUGGGCGUCGCCGUCUGGCUCCACGUCUUUGUGCGCCAUGCCGACAUUGUUGAAAUCGCCUGCAUCGCCCAGAGCGUCAACGUGCUGUCGCCCCUCCGCACCCAGGAGGGGCAGCUCGUCAAGCAGACCACCUGGUGGCCGUACGUGCUCAUGUCGCAGUAUUUGCGGGGCGGCCGCUCGGUGUCGUCCCACGUCAACAGCGCCGACGUCUGGUCCGGCGAGCGCACCGGCCAGCUCGCCCAGUUUGACGACAUGCUGCCCGAGCUAAAGUAUUUGGACAUGGCGGCGGUCGUCAGCGAGGACAAUGUUCUCACGCUCUCGGUGGUCAAUGCCAAGCUCGAGGAUGUCGCGGUCGACCUCAGUAUCGACGCGGACAUCAAGGCCGGCCUCGAAAAGAUUGUGGUCUCGGGCGAGCCGGGUGACGUCAACUCGUUUGAAGACAAGGACAAGAUCGUGCCUGUGCGCUCGUCACUGUCGACGGACAAGAAGGUCGUCUUCAAGCGGUGUUCUUACACGAUGCUGCGAUACCAGUUGUAG